AUGAGCAAAGCUUUUGACAGCAUUAACCAUAAUAUACUGCUUGCUAAAUUGGAGGACGUUGGUGUCUCGUCUAGAUGCCUGGGUUGGUUUAAAAGUUACCUCAGCGAGAGAUACCAAGCAAUACGUAUCAACUCUGCUCUAUCUGAGAAAUUGCCAGUUGUUAGCGGUGUCCCACAGGGAAGUAUUCUGGGCCCGUUACUUUUCAGUAUUUUUGUGAAUGAUUUGCCGUCAGUCGCCAAAAAUUGUUCAUCAGAAUCGUAUGUUGAUGACACCAAACUCCUUCUGUCCUUCGGAAUCGAUGACUCGAACAUUGCGCUGACUGAUCUAAACGAGGAUUUGAUUAGAAUGCGAAACUGGUGUUUUGAUAACCUGCUCUUGCUGAAUCCAGACAAAACUAAAUUGAUGGUCUACGGAAGCCGCCAAAUGCUCGCGACGUUACCUGAUUUUAGACUCUCGCUACUUGGUAAGAAACUAACACCUGCUUCAUCAGUGAAAGAUCUCGGAGUUAAGUUUGGUCCAAUCCUCUCCUUCGACAAUCAUAUCCUUUCUACUGUUUCAUCCUGCAAGUCAACUCUCUGCCAGAUAAAUCGCGCUAAGCAUGUCUUCCGUAAAAACGUUUUAAUAACUGUCAUCAACGCCUUAGUAUUUAGCAAACUCUACUAUUGUUCCUCGCUUUGGUCAAAUACUUCCUGCAGCAACCUAUCCCGACUUCAAGGAGUCCACAUCACCCUGAUACUUAAGCAACUGCGCUGGUUUCCCGUGAAGUCACAUCUGUACAGUCGCGAUGCUUUAUUAGCUUUCAAAUGCAUGAAUGAUUGCGCACCUGCCUACUUAUCGUCUCAGUUCAAAACGAGAG